AUGACACCGGAUUAUGGUGUCGAAUGUGUGAAACCGGAUGACAUUGCAUGUAUCUGCUAUACUUCAGGAACUACAGGUGUGCCAAAAGGUGCGAUGUUAAGUCAUGCUGGCUUAAUUUGGAAUGCCGAAGCGCUGGUGGAUAUGUGGCAAUUCACGGAAAAAGAUGUGCAACUUCAUAUGUUGCCAUUUUAUCAUGUACAUGGAAUGUUCAUAAGCCUCCAUUGCUCACUGUUCUCGAAAUCAAGUAUCAUUUUUAGGUAA